AUGACAAGGGUGAAGCCGGUCAGCCGAGGUCCCAGGUGCUCUGCGGUGUUGAGCCCAGCCCUGCCCUACCUCACCGCACUCGUACUGUGCAUUCCUGACAAGUUGACGCUGUCACAUUUAGAGUACCUGCAUUCAAGUGUUCCCACCAGACUAACUGCACUCCGUGCCAUAGCAGUAUUUCGACAGGUACUUGCAUAUAUUGUAGAGCUCAAAGGUCCUAUACAUAACAAAACAAACUUUGAAGUCAAUACCAUGCAACGCUCCUGUGGAAUGGUUUUGUUUUUUCUGCUAGCAAGGCUGCAGUGGACUACAAACAAUAUUGAGGGCACAACAGUAAGUGAAACAAAUAAGGAAAAAAGCUCAAUUACAGGUGCCAAUCAGGCUCUGCUCCAAGUAACUUCAUACAGAUCUGCUCUGCUUACGACUAGUGCCAUAAAUCUUUCCAUUCUAAGUCACGCUGCACUAACAACUGCUGAUGGAAAUGUAAUGAAAAGAGCACAGAGAAACAAUCAAACAAACAAUACAUCUCUGAGAUCCACCGAUGGCACCGUUUCAUUUUCAAAUGUCACUAUGGUAUCAGAAGAUGGAAUAAAUAACUCUGCCACCAGCUUCAACAGAAUCCCAACAUCUUCAGCAACGCCUACAACAAAGGGUGACUUUUCCACAGUGCCCAGAAGUGCUGCUGCUAUUCCCACGGAUACGCCGCCCACAGUGGCACCCAGCGACAUCUCCCACAGCACCCACUCUGCCGCGACGCUCUCCGGGGAGAGCUCUGCCACAAACCCUGCACCAUCGCCUCCUGGCGGCCCACUGACGUCGUCCUCUGCGAAGCACCGCACUCCGACGACAGACUUCGGUCCAUUGCGGCAGACAACAGGGCCGAACCAACAUUUUACCAACACCUCUAUUACAUCAUCUAAUUCAAAAGAUACCAAUGGAGAGAAAACCAACAAAGGAGGAGUAAUAUUUGGUGUCAUUUUAGGAACCAUUUUGGGAUCUGUGUUAUUUGGUCUGAUUGGAUAUUUCAUCUGUGGGAAGAAAAGUUCUGAAUCAUUUUCCCACAGACGACUUUAUGAUGAUACAAGAAGUGAACCAGUUCUGCAGUUAGACAACUCACUUGGACCACACGAUGUGAGCUUUGGACAGAUGUGUUACGACAAAACCAGCGCGACAGACAAGGCAAAGGAAGACAACACAGGGUGCCCGAAUGAAGGCAUUGCAAUGGAUAACAUGACGCCAUCCUACCCCUCAGAAUGAUACGUGCUUCACAUUACACACUCACUCCUUAUCUAUAUGCUCCUAUUUUUCCAAAAUGAUCUGCUGCUACCUUACAGCCAUUACUGCACAAAUAAUGUUUAAGACAGCAAGCGAAAAUCACAAGAUACAUUGAUAUGUAACAGGCCAUGCCCAGUAGCAGAGCAUCACUCUUCUGCUUUUUAAUGAAAUGCUCAGCCUGCAGUCUUCCUGGAAGGAUAUUAUACCUGCUUUACUAAUAACAGUAUUAGCAAAAUAGCACACAGGUAAAAUUCUCCCUUGUGUAUUCAUUUGAUAUUGGUCAAGAAUACAGACAUUGUAACAAACCAAAAUUGGACUUGAAUUGUGAUAAUAGUUUAGCCAAGACAAAAAUCCCCCAAACUUAACUACCUUGAUGAGAAACCACUCCAUCAAACAUGGUUUAUAUCUGAUUAAUGACUCAGGGCAUUACUUUCCCCGCAUUUGCACCUUUUGAGAGAACAAGAUGUAUGGAAGUAGUUUAUUUAGAUUACUCACAGCUUGAAGUUUGUUGGGGAAAAUGAAACUACUGAGUAACAUGGACUGUGACUCUCUGAUGACACAGAGUUACAAUCACUAUUGAAGGAGAAAACAAAAGGCUGAAGCUUCUAUUUCUCUGUCAAACUGAUCUACCUGCAUUGCAGCCUAGACCUGUAGAAAUGAUGCAAGUGAUUUUGGCACAGAUUAGAUGGAAGAAAUACUUAUUUCCUCACGGAAGGAAAGGAAUUAUUUCUGCCAUGUACAUAAACAUCUUAAAAAGCAUGCUUUGGUUUUAUUCAGCUAAAAAGUAAAUGAUAUACUGCAUGACACAAUAUAAUGCAUGGAGAUAUAAUGCAAAUUAUAUUACAGUUCAUCUGUUUGCAAUUACCACAAAUGUCUAAAUAUAAAGAAAGAAUACGAGAAAGACAAAGCAGUAGAGGCACAGAAUAAACAAAGUGAAGGGCUGAGAAAAUUACUGUUCACAUGGAAUACAUGCUUGUUACUGUGACUCUGUUAAAACGCCUUACUUAGUGUGUAGAUGGUGGAUCAAGCUGAUGAAGUUACACCCCUAAGUGGCUGAGAACGUUGCAAUAAGGGUUCAUUUGUCUUGUGAUCAAAUUACAUACACAAGCACACACACCAGAGAGAAAAAAUGGGACCCAUUUAUCCUACCGCAGAUGAGCAAAAUAGAUAUUUAUUUUAAAAUAGCUAAAUGAAUACAGAAUUGAGUGUGUAAGGGUUGUGUUAGCAUUCCUGCAUUGAGUCUACCAUGAAAUCAAAAUUACCAUCAAAAGUAGAACCUGAUUUGUAACAGUUUCCAGCAUAUUGGAUAGCAGACUGAAAAUCUGAGACAUAUUCACCUGUAUUAGGCAAUGGCAGGAAAGCAGAGUACCACUCUGUUGCUUAAAAUUAAGAAAAAAUUAGUGCUCAGCUUUCAGUUUCCUUAGCACAUAUUGUGCUGUCUUUCCUGAUAACUAUCUUGGCACUAUCACACAAGCAAACUCCUCCUUACACUUGUAUCUUGACUUAGCUGAGAACAUAAAGAGUUCUCUCUAGGGAGAACUUGUAGAUAGAGAUGAAGUGACACUAAGAAGCUACCAGUGCUGUCUACACCAGUUACCAUUUAACUAAUAAUGAAGUGUAUUUUAGGACUUUAUGAGACUAAUUAAGAAUAAUUGCAAGGCUAUAACAGCAAGAUGAGGAGCUAAAGAAGAAAUAUCACUUAGGCAAGCAAUUGAAAUGUACUUUCAGUUAUAUUUAUAUUGUCGUAACUUUUAAUGACUUAAUUGUGCAUUUGGUAUGCAUGUGCGCAUGUGUGUGUGUGCGCAUGUCAUCUACAUGUUUGGUGCUUUACUGCUUUAAAUAUCUUGUUUAUUGUUUUACCAGGACAGGCUCUAAAAUUUUUGACAUUAGUUCCUCCUUCACUUUCAUCUCUGUUAAAAUCAUUAAUGCUUAUUCAUACAUGUUAUGCAAAUAAAGGUGUUAUGUGCCAUUCAA